AUGGAGUUCAUGACCAAUCUACAGAACGGACUCGAUGAGCAGAAACCCUCCCUCUUCGAACUUCUCUCCGAGCAACAACUGGGUGCUCUGAUCCCGCCGUCUCUGCGCUAUCUCCUCGCCAUUGCCACCCAUCGCUACCCUCGCUACCUCCUUCGCAUCCUCAACUCCUUCGACGAACUCUACGCUUUCCUCUCCCUCCUUGUUGAACGUCACUACCUACGCACUUACGGUGGCGGCUUUACAGAGAACUUCUAUGGACUGAAACGAGAAAGAGUGUUGCGUACGAAAGGCCAUGAGAUCCCUCGCGCUGCCCUCGCAGCCCCCGAACAGGUCCGCGAAACGCUGAAACUGCGAGACGCAGAUGUGUGGAAGAAUCUUGCUAUUAUGGUGGCGUUGCCGUACACGAAGAGAAAGUUGGAUGAGCAUUACGAUAUCCACGCUGCCUCUGCGAAUAUCCUGGGUCCUGCGUUUAGAGGGGAUGCCCUGCCAGAAGGUGCCACCUACAAGCAACGCAUAUUCCACUACUACAAGUGGUUCUUGAGGAAAGUGUAUCCGAGCGUCAAUGCCGCGUAUUACUUUGCCUUGCUGGCGUUUAACCUCGCUUACCUCUUCGACACUUCGAAAUAUCACAACCCCUUCUUCUGGCUCAUCGGCACGAGGAUACGACGCAUGAACCAAGCAGACUAUAAAGCCAUCGCCGAGGCUGCUACGCCCGUGGCCCCCAUCUCUGGUGCAAAACCAUCGGUCUCGCAAUCACUGUUUAGUCCCAGGACAUUGACGCACACAGUAUACCCGCGUCUACUAUCGAGUCUGAAGAUUCUCCUUCCGACUUCAAUCUUCGCCCUCAAGUUCUUGGAAUGGUGGCAUGCAUCAGAUUUUGCAAGACAGUUGUCCCGUAAAGCUACUGAAGGACUAGAAUUACCUGCUCCCACCAUCUCAGGAAUACCAAAGACACCCACUCCGCCCUCAAAGUCCGGUGUCACAUUCGCAACAACCUCCGAUGAGAAGUCCUCAGCCAAGGAAGAAAAAGACGAGAAAGAGAAGACGAAGCCGCCAAUCUCCGCUUCGACAAAUCUUCCCAUCUUCACUGUNCCCCCUGCUGCAGAUUCAGCUUGUCCCAUCUGUCUGUCUGCCAUUCAGACGCCCACAGCAGCACAAACAGGCUACGUAUUCUGCUACACUUGCAUUUUUCGCUGGCUGGAAGGCGAACAUCCGCGACAGAUUGCUUUCAUGCAGGGAGGAGACACUGAAGAAGGCUGGAAAGAAGCCACGGGUGGGAACAGAGAAGGUGCUUGGGAGGAUGGGAGGGGCAGGUGUGCUGUCAGUGGACGCAGGCUUUUNGGGGGCAGUGGAGGCCUAAGAAGAGUCAUGGUUUGA